AUGAAGUGCAAGUGGAAGGUAAUGGCAGAAUCCCCACAACCAAGAGAAAGCAGAGAGGAAAACAUGAACAAACCAUCUGAGUUUACACGUCACUCGAGAAAUCAUCUGUCUGAGAAGCAGUUCCAGUGUUCUAUCUGCCUGAAUGUGUUCACUGAUCCAGUCUCAACUCCAUGUGGACACAACUUCUGCAAGAGCUGCCUUACAGACUACUGGGAUAACAGUCUACAUUUCCAUUGUCCAUUAUGUAAAGAGAAGUUCACCAAGAGACCUGAACUCAAGAUUAAUACAACACUGAGAGAGGUAGUGGAUCAGUUCAAGAAGAAGAAAAGUUUUCAUAAACCUGAUGUUCUUUGUGACACCUGCACUGGAGUGAAGUCGAAGGCUGUAAAAUCCUGUCUGGAUUGUGGUCUGACAUUUUGUAAAUCUCAUUUAGAGCCUCAUAAUAAUGUUCCAAAACUUAAGAAACACAAAGUAAUAAACCCUGUGAAGAACCUGGAGAACUACAUAUGCCAGAAGCACGAGAGACCCCUGGAGCUGUUCUGUAGAAAUGACAAGAUGUGUGUGUGUCAGUUCUGCAUCGAGACAGACCACAAGACUCACAGGACUGUUCCUGUAGAGAAUGAAAGUGGGCAGAAAAAGACACAACUGUGGAAGACACAGUCGGAAGUGCAGCAGAUGAUCCAAGAGAGACUGAAGAAGAUUGAAGAGAUCAAACACUCAGUAGAGCUCCGAAAAAAAAGCACAGAGAAAGAAAUUGCAGACAAUUCUGAGGUGUUCAAUGCUCUGAUACGCGCCAUUGAGAGAAGCCAGGCUGAGCUGCAUCAGGUGAUGGAGGAGAAGCAGAAAGCAGUAGAGAGGCAGGCUGAAGGACUCAUUAAAGAUCUGGAGCAGGAAAUCACUGAUCUAAAGAGGAGAGACACUGAGCUGGAGCAGCUCUCCCACACUGAGGACCACAUCCACCUCCUACAGAUGUACCCAUCUGUGUGCAGUCCUCCACACACCAAGAACUGGACUGACAUCAGUAUCAAUAUCCAUCUGAGUGUAGAGAGUGUGAGAAGAGUUCUGUCCCAUCUUCAGAAGACCAUGAAUGACAGAAUUAAUAAAAGACUGAAUUUAAAGUUGAGAGAAACAGUCUCCACAGAACUGGACAGGAUUGAACAGUGUGCAGUGGAUGUGACUCUGGAUCCCGAUACAGCUAACCGCUACCUCAUCCUGUCUGACGACGGGAAGAAAGUGACAUGUGGAGACACAAAACAGAAUCUCCCUGACAACCCAAAGAGAUUUGAUAUGUAUGCCAUUGUCCUGGGAAAGGAGGGAUUCUCUUCAGGGAGAUUUUACUAUGAGGUGCAGGUCAAGGGGAAGACAGAGUGGGAUGUAGGAGUGGCCAGAGAGUCUGUUAACAGGAAGGGGCAGAUUACACUGACCCCUCAGAAUGGGUACUGGACUGUGUUUCUGAGAAACGGAAAUGAGUACAAGGCUUGUGCUUGCGCUGGUCCCUCUGUCACACUGUUCCUCAGAGAGAAGCCCCAGACCGUGGGAGUGUUUGUGGAUUAUGAGAAGGGUCUGGUCUCCUUUUAUGAUGUGGAGGCCAAGUCUCAUAUCUACUCUUUCACUAGACAGUCUUUCACAGAGAAACUCUACCCAUACGUCAGUCCUUUUAAUUCUGUUGAGGGUAAAAACUCAGCUCCACUGAUUAUCUCAUCAGUACUGAGUAAUUUAAUUUUUCUUACUGAUGUGUGA